CCCAAGCUAAAAAAAAACUGUCAAUCUUAGAUCAAAAAUCAUAUCAUAGGUUAUGCGAAAGUUCCUUUUAUAGCCUAGUUUUAUUUUUACCCAAUAAAAAUUACGCAAAGUUAUUUUAAAUCUUAAUAACAUACGCUUUUGAUAUUUAUGUUGUUAUUCCCUUAUAGAACAUAGUUUAUUAUCCAAAAGUCCGAGAGAUCCUUUGAAUAAAGCGCAAUGGAUGUUUUAUCACGGCCUGCAGAAGAAUUCGACAACGAUGAAACUUUGGAACAUUUAUGGGCAGCUAAAGCUAUGGAACAUAGCGAUAUAUAUUUUAAUGUUCUAUGUUCCGUAGACACAAGAUGGCUACGGCUCACUCAACACGAUGACCUCAUCUACAAUCACUUCAGACAGGACUUCCCUGAUAUGGAUGUGAAAUAUAUAAACGAGAAUGUAUUGAAAAAUAACGUAAAUAAAUCUCGCUGGCGUAUGUUCUGUGAGAAAUUUAAAAACAUUGUUGAAGACUACAGCUUCGGUACAUUACUUCGUGCUGACACUAAUGGUGAUUAUUCAGAACAAAAUACAAUUUUAGUACCAAGAGUUCAGUUCUAUGCAAUUGAAAUAGCCCGAAACAGAGAAGGUUUGAAUAAUGAAGUGAAGAAAAGAUGUAAAUGUGCCUCUAAAUUGACAAUGGACAGCCAAGAACAUACUCAAGAAGUUGCCGUUUAAUAAAACCGCAAGUCCUAAGUGUGCCUUUUAGUAAUUACUUUGCAAGUUACUCUACUUAUUUCCAUUUCUAACAUAAUGGGUCUAAAUAUAAGUUAAUUGAAUAAAUGUUAUGUUAGUGGUAAUUGUAUAUCAUAUUUAAUGCCUUUUAUUAAAUUUCAUUAAACAAAUAAAAUGCUGUUUUCGAGGGCAUUUUUUUUAAGAUUUCUUGCCAUGAAAAUAAAGUUGUAGUCACUUGUGUAAAAACAAUAAAAUCUUUUUCAAUUUGAACAGAUGUAACAGAAAUUUGUAAGCAGCUGCAAACAAAAUAGAUUUAUUCACGAGAUGCUCAAUUACACAUACAUCUUUUAUAAUAAAUU